UUUCUCUGUGUUGCACUUGUGUCUCAACUAAUACAUAAGUCUCAAAUUUGGUUCUUCCAAUAAGGAUCAAUACACUUAUCUUUCUUAAUCAUUUUGUUUGCAGACAUUGUUCAGCAGUUGAGCUGAAGGAUCUUGAAUAGUCACGUGUGUCUAGAGACAAUUUUACGUUCUCCUUCUAGCUCUCAGUGUUGAGGAUCUUAUUGAGAAUUCAAUUCAGUUAAGCUCAGAUGCGAGAAUUGUAGUGGUAGUUUGACUUUCGGGUUGUAUGUAAUAUUGAAUAAGUCCAAAUGGUUUGCGAGAUGGAAAGUGAUCAAGCAGAUGACAUGGAGUUCGAAGUGGAAGUGGAAGAACUUUCGUCAAUGUGGCCUGAAGAUAUGAAUGAGGCUGGAAAACAAUUCAACAUAGAUAGGCCAGGUGAAGAUCAAGAUAUGUUGGAGGAUGUUACUAUCAAUGAUGAUUCGACCAUAGUUGAUUUCAAGCGCCUUGUGGAACUUACUAAUUAUAGCGAGAGAGGGUCAUCUCAGUUGGCUUACUUAGUAAAAAACUGGGAAUCUAAACAGGAAAAUGCUGUAAGGCUACUUAGAGAAGAGCUUGACAAUCUUAGCAAGCAACAACAAGAAUCAGAGCUGAAGAAAUUGGAGAUAUUGGAGAAGUAUCAAUUCGAGGAAGAAAGGUAUGGGGGUGAUAAGCGUCCAAUCUCUAUAUUGGAUGAAGAAUUGAAGAGAUACAUAUUUCAAGAGGCUCCUAGGAAAAGGAACGAUGUGAGGGUUCAAGAUAAACUAGAAAUAGAUGCUGAGUAUGACAGCAUAAAGUACUGGAAGCAAAGAGCUAAACAUUUGGAGAAGUUGUUGGAAGCGAGUGUUCACCGGGAGCAAAUACUAAAUGAGAAAUUGCAGGAAAGCAUAGAAAAUCUUGAAAGGCAGUCCUCUCCAGUGGAAGAAUUAUCUCAGGUUCUGAAAAGGGCAGAUAAUUUCUUACACUUUGUCCUCCAGAAUGCACCAGUUGUCAUCGGCCACCAGGACAAUGAGUUACGCUAUCGCUUUAUCUACAAUCAUUUCCCAAGUCUGCGUGAAGAGGACAUCAUCGGCAAAACAGAUGUAGAGAUUUUUACCGGUUCCGGUGUAAAGGAAUCUCAAGACUUCAAAAGAGAGGUUUUGGAACGGGGAAUACCGGCAAAGAGGGAAAUUACAUUUGACACAGGAUUAUUUGGGUCAAAGACUUUUCUAAUAUAUGUUGAACCUGUGUUCAGUAAGGCAGGAGAGACCAUUGGUGUAAAUUAUAUGGGAAUGGAGAUAACUGAUCAGGUAAGAAAAAGAGAAAAAAUGGCAAAGCUACGUGAAGAGAUAGCUGUACGGAAGGCCAAGGAGACUGAACUUAACAAAUCUAUUCACAUAACAGAGGAAACAAUGCGAGCAAAACAAAUGCUUGCAACCAUGUCUCAUGAGAUUAGAUCUCCUUUGUCAGGAGUAGUCAGCAUGACCGAGAUUCUUUCUACCACAAAACUGGACAAGGAACAGCGUCAGCUUGUGAAUGUAAUGUUGUCUUCAGGAGACUUGGUUCUUCAACUAAUAAAUGACAUCCUUGACCUUUCCAAAGUCGAGUCAGGAGUAAUGAAGUUGGAAGCCACAAAAUUCCGACCCAGGGAGGUUGUAAAGCAUGUCUUGCAAACUGCAGCAGCAUCACUACAGAAAAUAUUAACAUUGGAAGGCCACAUUGCUGAAGAUGUUCCCCUUGAGGUUAUCGGGGAUGUACUAAGAAUUCGCCAGAUUCUCACGAACUUGAUCAGCAAUGCUAUAAAAUUUACUCAUGAAGGAAAGGUUGGUAUAAAGCUGUAUGUGGUUCCCGAGCCAUGUACUCUUGUCAAACAAGGAUCUCAUAAGAGAAUGGCUUCUGAUAAUUCAAAGGUUUUAGCAAAGAUAUGUAAAGAAGAUAAGUGUACAUCACCAUCUCACAACGCCCUUGAUCGAAAAGGCUCCGGUGGAUGCAAAGAUGCUGAUUGUCAAAAUGAAAGAUCGAUGCAGAAUGGGGAGUGCAAUUAUUCGGAACAAAAUGGGGCUUCAAUAGAAGAUGAAGUGGUUGAUCCUAAGCAACAGGAAACAACAGUGUGGAUACGUUGUGAUGUUUAUGACAGUGGGAUUGGAAUACCAGAAAAUGCUAUACCCACUCUAUUCAAGAAAUAUAUGCAAGUCGGAGCAGAUACUGCUCGGAAGUAUGGUGGGACAGGACUAGGAUUGGCAAUCUGCAAACAACUGGCUGAGCUUAUGGGAGGUCAUAUGACUGUAUCGAGCAAAGAGAACCAUGGAUCUACAUUUACAUUUAUUCUACCUUACAAGGUUUCACCAGUAUGUGAUAGUUCAGAUGAUAAUGAAGAACUCUCCGAAAUGGACAAUCAUGAUACUUCUUCCGAAGGAAAUGAUGAUGACAUAAAUUCCGGUUUUUUCCAAUUCCAACCGCGCACUUUAGGUUCCUUGUUUUCUUCUCACAGUUCUGGAAGAGCCACAAAACUUUCAGCAAACAGUUUUGGGUUUAACACUUUGAAUAAGACUAAUGGAUUGUCAGUGAACUCCCAUUAUUUCCCUCUAGAUAGCAAUACAUCAAAAGAGUCGGGUUCAGUAGAAGAUGCAUGUUCAGUAGCAGAUGCUGUUGAGACAUCUUCUGAGCCUGAAUCUUCCUUCAGGCACACCCGAAAUUCUGGCAACCCAAGCACGUCUGGUAGAGACCAAAAGAUUAACGGUAUUUUAGAUCAUCAGCUCCAUAACCCUUGUUUAUCUUCCGCUAAUUCUGCAACUACAAACAGAGAUCAGGGUGAAAUUACAAGGAGAAUAGAAAAAAGUCAGAUACAGGAACAACCUGAUAGAAGUUCCGAGUGCUCUUCUAGCAACGGUGCAAACAUUUUGAAGACCUCUUCGAAACCCAAGAUCCUUCUCGUAGAAGACAACAAAAUACUUGUGAUGGUAACACGGUCGAUGAUGAAGCAGUUGGGUCAUGACUUAGAUAUAGUGAACAAUGGAUUAGAAGCUGUGCGUGCGGUUCAACGUGACAGAUAUGACCUCAUUCUAAUGGAUGUAUGCAUGCCAGUCAUGGAUGGGCUUCAAGCUACAAGAUUGAUACGAUCAUUUGAGGAAUCUGGUAACUGGGAUGCAGCAAAAGAUGCUGGCAUUGAUGAAGAGGUGUCUCCUUCAAAUUCCUCACAGAGAAGCGAUGAAUCCUCCACAAAGCGGAUUCCUAUAAUUGCAAUGACAGCCAAUGCAUUAUCCGAAAGUGCAGAAGAGUGUUAUGCAAAUGGUAUGGACUCUUUUGUAUCAAAGCCAGUUACACUCCAAAUAUUAAAAGAGAGUCUUCAACAGUAUCUACCAUGACAUCUUUCCUUGUAAAUGUAUGCACCUGUACAGGAAUAGAAGAAAAAAAAAUGAAUGUGUUAGGAAAUUUUGUAAUCCGUGUAUCAAGUUGCUGUGCUGCUAGUUGUCUUGCUCAGAGUAAUGUACAUUAAUAGUCUGCCUUCUGUUCCUCAACUAUACUAGUCCUCAUAGCAGCAACUCACAUAUCUGAAACUGAUGUGGACUUACCAAAAAUGGAAAGGUUUUUUAUGAAUUCCAUUGAAGAGGGAAAAAGGUAUGAGAAUAAUUAUUACGUAUCGAUACGUGUAAUAUAAUAUUAAUUCUCACUCACUCACUCACUCCACUUAAUUGCUAGUUGCCUAUCCCAACUUGCUUGGGAUUGAGGCUCCCUUAUUGUACU